AUGGACCGGUUCACGCGGAAACCCAGUCCUGACGCUCUGCCGCUCUACCAGCUGCAGCCCCACGUAGCGCAAUCUACCACACCUACACUCGCGCUACCAGACAUCUACCGAUCGCAGUCGACCUCCCCGAGGCACAGUCCGACUACUUCUGCCCAGUCACGGACUGUCACCGAUGAAUUCUCCUUCCUGCCGCCCGCCGAAGUUGCCGCCCGCCUAAAAACCUCGCUGACACAUGGCCUCACACCCGCCGAGGCGCUCUCUAGGCUGCGCGAUCAUGGCCCCAACGAGAUCCCCCAUGAAGAGCCUGAGCCACUAUGGCUGCGAUUCAUCAAGCAGUUUCAGGAACCCCUGAUCUUGCUUCUCCUAGCGUCCGCCGGCGCAUCAAUACUUGUGGGGAACAUGGACGAUGCCAUCAGCAUCACCGUCGCUGUGACAAUCGUCGUGAGCGUGGGCUUCAUACAAGAGUACCGUUCCGAAAAGUCCAUAGAAGCGCUGAACCACUUAGUUCCCAAUCAUGCCCAUCUGGUUCGGAAGCCCGACGCAAAGGCGUUGUCAAGCGCCCGCUCGAGCACCUGGCCAGCCAGCGGCGACGAGCCGUCCGAGGCAAGCGACAGCUCAGGCGCUGCCACGCCUGUGGAAGAGGUACUUGAGGCGUCGUCUUCAAAGGUUAUGGCGACGCAAUUGGUCCCCGGAGAUCUGGUCUUGUUUACCACCGGCGAUCGCAUUCCAGCCGACAUCCGAGUGACCAAGGCCGCCGACUUGACCAUUGACGCCUCCAAUCUCACAGGGGAAAACGAGCCCGUCAGGGUAACUGCUGAUGCUCGCGGUCGCAGUAGCUUUGCAUCGCCUAGCUACGGCGAGGCUACCUUGCAGCUGCCAAACGGGCCCCUAGCUGGCAACGAAAAAGGGGAUGGUCCAACAAAUAUUGCCUACAUGGGCACUCUGGUAAAAUCGGGACACGGACAGGGCAUCGUAUUUGCAACCGGCGGAAACACGCACUUUGGAACCAUCGCGACAAGCGUCUCGGGGACGGAGAGCCCUCGAUCGCCUCUUCAAGUAUCCAUGGAUGAACUCGGAACCCAGCUGAGCAAGAUGUCUUUUGUCAUAAUAGGCCUGAUCUCGCUCAUCGGCUGGCUUCGGGGAAAGAACUUGCUGGAGAUUUUCACCAUCUCCAUCUCCCUGGCCGUUGCGGCCAUUCCCGAGGGUCUACCGAUUAUCGUAACUGUGACCCUUGCCCUGGGGGUUCACCGGAUGGCCAAGCACAACGCCAUUGUUCGCAGGAUGCCCAAGGUGGAGACCUUGGGGUCGGUGAAUGUGGUUUGCACGGAUAAAACCGGAACAUUGACCAUGAAUCAUAUGACAACUGCCAAGAUGUGGUUCUUUGGCGCUGAAGACGCCUUUGAUGUUGACUCUGAUGACGAAGCGACGGAGACUAAGCCUGACCCUGCCACGCUGAGGAUACUGCGCAUUGGAAACAUUGCCAACAACGCGCGCCUAGCUCGUCAGUACACCGAGAACGGGGCGGCUGCGAGAGCUGUGCUAUCCUCCACGCAAAGCAGGGGCCAUGUAUCAACCUACACUCGGUGGGUCGGCCAGCCGACGGAUAUUGCGAUGCUUGACCUGCUUGACCGGUUCAAGGAACACGACAUCCGCGACUCGAUUGGACAUCGUGUGAGCGAGACCCCCUUUAGCUCGGAGCGCAAGUGGAUGGGCGUGACUAUCGGAUCCGAGAGCGGCAAGAACGAGAAGGAAUUCGCCUACAUCAAGGGCUCUAUCGAUAGGAUUCUAGAGGCCUGCGACACGUACUUCACCAAGGACGGCCGCGAGUUUGUCAUGGAUUCGAACCGGCGGCAGGAGGCGUUGCAAGCGGCCGAGAGGAUGGCAUCCCAAGGCCUCCGUGUCUUGGCUUUUGCCAGCGGGCCGGUCACCAAGUCUGCAAGAAGCAGAGCCGCGAUGCCCCCGGCUCGUAGCAACACCCCUGACACAGAUGGAGCUAGGACUCCAAAUCCGUCAAACGUGGAGGACCAAUACAGGGGCCUUACGUUUGCGGGAGUAGUAGGCAUGAGUGACCCGCCACGGCCCGGCGUUGGCCGGUCAAUUAGGAGGUUGAUGCGCGGCCGCGUCAAGGUCAUCAUGAUCACUGGCGAUGCCGAGACUACAGCUGUUGCGAUUGGCAGGCAGCUUGGCAUGGCGGUAGCUACCCCUUCAGAACACGCAGCACACCAGGUUAGCGUGAAGCCAGUGCUCCGAGGCGACGAAAUUGAUGCCAUGUCGGAGGAGGACUUGGCCCAGGCCAUGGAUCACACUACCAUUUUCGCGCGGACGAACCCCGACCACAAGCUCAAAAUCAUCAAGGCCCUUCAGUCGCGCGGCGACAUUGUGGCCAUGACAGGAGACGGGGUCAACGACGCUCCGGCUCUGAAAAAGGCCGACAUUGGUAUCGCCAUGGGCAUGCACGGCACGGAUGUGGCCAAGGAAGCCGCGGACAUGAUCUUGACUGAUGAUGACUUCUCCACCAUAUUGCACGCCAUUGAAGAGGGCAAGGCCAUCUUUAACAACAUUCAGAACUUUUUAACAUUCCAGCUCAGUACCAGCGCUGCUGGGUUGUCUCUCGUCCUGCUGUGCACUUUCUUGGGGUACAAGUCUCCGCUUAACGCAAUGCAAAUUCUCUGGAUCAACAUCAUUAUGGACGGACCCCCGGCGCAGUCACUAGGCGUCGAAGCCGUUGACAAGGACGUUAUGAACCGUCCCCCACGCAGGAGAAACGAUGCGGUGCUCACGAAACCACUGAUCACGCGUGUGCUCACGUCGGCCUUCAUCAUUAUGGUCGGCACAAUGCUGGUCUACCGCCACGAGAUGCUCGAGGACGGGCUGGUGACGCGCCGUGAUACCACCAUGACGUUCACGUGUUUCGUCCUCUUCGACAUGUUCAACGCCCUCACCUGCCGCUCCGAGUCCAAGUCGGUCCUGCGCGGCGAGGUCGGCCUCUUCUCAAACACGCUCUUCAACUGGGCCGUCUCCCUCAGUCUCGCCGGCCAGCUGCUCGUCAUCUACUUCCCCUGGCUUCAGGAGGUAUUCCAGACCGAGGCUCUCUACCUCUCCGAUCUCGCGUCUCUGGUCGUGCUCUGCAGCACGGUCUUUUGGGCAGACGAGUUUCGCAAGUGGUGGAAGUACGGCCGUAAGCGGCUCGGUAACAACUACAGCCAGGCUGUGUGA